AUGGAGAUAGUGUACGUUUACACCAAGAAGCGCAGUGAGUUUGGUCGGCAGUGUAACUUCUCCGACCGGCCGGCUGAGCUCCACGUGGACAUCUUGCCAGAUGAGAGCCUCGCGGCCAACUUCAUUGAGAAGAAUCCUGUGGACAGGGGCAUCCAGUGUGUCCAGGAGAUGUCAGAGCAUGAUGUCAACACAGAGAGGUUUGAGACAGAGACCCGAGGCAUCAACCACAUGGAAGGAGGCUGGCCCAAGGAUAUCAACCCGCAGGAGGUGGAGCAGGUCAUCCGAUUCCGUAAGAAGGUGGAGAAAGAUGAGACCUACAUCAACACAAUACAGUCACUAGCCACGACAAUGGAGCACUGCAUCCGACAGAACAAUGCCAUCAACAUCUACGAAGAUUACUUCUCAGACCUGGCCAUUGAGGAAACUGAGGAGACGCCGUCAGCCAAGACCAUCAAUGUCUUCAGAGAUCCCAAUGAAGUGAAGCGUACAGCCACACAUCUGUCCUGGUACCCUGACGGUGCCCGUAAGCUGGCUGUGGCUUACUCCAACCUGGAAUUCCAGAGGUCGUCCCCAGACACAAGUCUGGAUUCCUACAUCUGGGAUAUUGAAAAUCCCAACAAGCCAGAGACAACACUCAAGCCCGUAUCCCCACUGGUGUGCCUGGAAUACAACCCCAAAGACGUCCACGUUCUCAUUGGUGGCUGCUACAACGGACAGAUUGCUUUCUGGGAUACAAGAAAGGGCUCCCAGGCCGUGGAGAUGUCGCCCGUCGAACACAGCCACCAUGAUCCUGUCUAUAAGACCAUCUGGCUGCAAUCUAAGACAGGCACGGAAUGCUUCUCAGCAUCAACGGACGGACAGGUGUUGUGGUGGGACAUUAGGAAACUGGGCGAGCCGACAGAGAAACUUGUGAUGGACCCCAACAAGAAAGGCAACAUGGAGAACGCACAGGGCGUCAUUUCGCUGGAGUAUGAACCAACGGUUCCCACUAAAUUCAUGGUCGGCACAGAGCAAGGUACCAUCAUCUCUUGCAACCGCAAAGCCAAGACGCCAGCUGAGAAGAUCGUGGCCAUCUACAAGGAGCACAUCGGACCUGUCUACUCCCUGCAGAGAAAUCCGUUCUUCCCCAAGAACUUCCUGACUGUCGGCGACUGGACGGCCAGAAUCUGGUCUGAAGAUGUGAGGGACUCAUCAAUCAUGUGGACUAAGCACCACAUGUCCUACAUGACCGACGGAUGCUGGAGUCCCGUCCGGCCGGCUGUCUUCUUCACCACCAAGAUGGACGGCACGCUGGACGUGUGGGAUUAUCUCUUCAAGCAGAACGACCCAACGCUCAGCCUACAGGUGUGCGACGAGGCUUUGCACAGCCUGCGUGUUCAGGACCAGGGCCACCUGAUCGCCACCGGUUCCCACACGGGCACCACCACCUUACUGGAGCUGUCCAGCAGCCUGUGCACCAUGCAGCGCAACGAGAAGGCCCUGGUGACGGCCAUGUUUGAGCGGGAGACCAAACGGGAGAAGAUUCUGGAAUCCAGGCAACGAGAGCUGAGACUGAAACGGGCCGGCACCAGCGCAGGCGGUAAUGAGGACGAAGGAGAAGGAGAAGGCAUGGAAGAUGAGGACCUCGUGGAUGCGGCCGAGAAGGACUUCUUCCACAUGAUCAAUGCCGACAAGAAGAAGCAACAGGCCAAGAACAACAAAGACGACCAGACCAAGAUAGACAAUACGAUCAUCGAGGAAAGCGGAGAAGAGGAAAACGAGAAGAAAGACACCGAGAACGGAGAGAAGGAAGGCAAAGACUGAGUGACUUUACCCUGAGCUCGUAUUCGACCUGUGAACUUUGACCUGUCAGAAGAACUGGUACCCUGAUGCUGAUAGCCUCAUGAUUUGUGUACAUAUCUACCGUUUUUAUAUUCAUUGCUGUUUCCAUUGCGGUUACCAGUGAAUAAAUUCUGUACAGUACUGCCGAGUUUAACAUAUUAAUUAGCAAGCCACUGUUAAAAACAAACCCUUUUUAUCUUUUCCUUACAAAAAGUUGAAGUGGAGGUUCAUGGUUCAUUGCAUCAAAUUUGUUAUAGUUCUCUGAAGACCAAUACAAAUUCAAAUGUUUAUUUUACUUGAAUAAACAUAUUAUAAAGGCGAUUAACUUGUGGGGGAAUAAUUGUUUAUUUUCAUUCUAAACAUACCAUUAAUGUAUACUCUACUUGAAUAAACACACUAUAGUGUAAUAUAUACAGGAAGUAACUGGUGGGUAGUAACUGUUUUUCAUUUCAUUUCAUUUUCAUUCAACAAAUACCAUUUUAAGGAUCCGAUAAAGGUAAGGCCUAUAUACAGAUGGAUUCUACUCACAAAACAAAUCUUGAAUUACAGAGUUGCUUGUCAAAUAAUUCUUCAUAUGGAAACAUUUCCUAAUGUUGUAUAGUGCUUUUUGGUUUGUAAUAUUAUAACAUGUUCAUAUAAUCCGUCCUUUAUUCAAAUAUUGUCAAUUUGAAGAGAGUUUGGGGGAGUAUAAAACGUUCUUAAAAAUUCACUGUUAAACUGAUUAUUGUAUGUUAUAAUCCAUUAUAAAAAAGGCUGUUGUGCCUUGAAGCCAUUAAAGUUCAUGUACAAUGUAUCUAUAUUUCCGUCCAUUAAAAAGGUUUUACACAAGUCUUACAUAACUUUAAUUUUUGUAUGAUCAGUGUAAUUUUUGUUUCAUUGUGCUGUUCGAGGGGCAAUUAAAACAACAAAUAUGAUAUACUUCGACAAAAAACUUUAAAAUUAUUGGAAAAAUUGCCACAUUUCACAAUCGUAAAUAGGCAACUGAAAAGAAAAUGGAGAUAGCUGUUAUACCUUCAGAAUAUAAAAUGUGUAAAAUGUGUCCUU